UCGACCCUGUCGGAUAAACAUGGAAAAUAUGGCGCCGGUGCGGUAACUGUACAGUGUGCGGUCACUGUUUACCAGGGUGUGGAGUUGAUGUCAAAACUGCACCGCUGCACGUACCACACACCAAGUUCGGCUUAAUGCUGAAUGUUGAGUGAAUAAUCAUCGCCCCGAAGUAUAUAACCAUUGGUCUUUGUAGACUGAGCGCAGAGUGUGUUUGGGACUGUUUAGAGCAACUACUUCAAUGUUCGUGUAUUUGUUUCUCAAACACUAAAAGGAAUCAUGAGAUUCCUAACAAGUUUCCUUUUUUCAUUCUUGUCGAUUACUUUGAUUUCUGGCAAAAGUAUCGAAACAAUAUUACAAACUAAAGAUGCAAAUUUCAACUAUCCUGAAGCACGUCGCGAUGAUGUAGUUGAUGAUUAUCAUGGAACAAAAAUUUCCGAUCCAUAUCGUUGGCUUGAAGAUUCAAAUUCAGAGGAAACGGCAAAUUUCAUAAAGACUCAGAAUUCAUUAACUGAUUCCUAUUUGAAUUCACCGUCGAGUGUAAAAGAAUCUAUAGAAAAUCGUCUGAAGGAAUUGAGAGAAAAGAGAGAAUAUUAUGCUCUUUACAAUAUCGUUCCCGAAAGACAUGGAGACAAAUAUUAUUUUUUUAAAGACGAAGUUUUGUAUGUUCAGGAAACUUUGGAAAGCAAUGAACCAAAAGUAUUACUUGAUGCUAAAACUUUCUCAACAGACAAUGAAACACGUCUUUAUUCUUACAUAAAAUUCAGUGAAGAUGGUAGUGUACUUGCUUACAAACUCGACGAAAAGAGAUCCAAUGAGAGUAGAACUAGGAUUCAUUUCUUGAAUGCAAUAACAGGAGAAAAGUUAUCUGAUAUUUUGGAAGAAGUAGAAUAUUUUAGUAUAGUUUGGCAUAAUAAUUUAGGAAUUUUUUACAUUCGUUCUCCGCAAAAGAUCUCAAUUGAGAAUAAUGUGAAUAUUUAUUAUCAUAGAAUUGGAACGUCUCAAUCUGAAGACAUUCUUGUUAUCGAAUUUCCUGAAAAUCCACCUAAAUAUAUACGUACCCAAGUUUCCGACUGUGGUCAGUGGUUGUUUGUUGUGGCAAUGAAUUAUACUGGGAAGGAGUUGACUUAUAUUACAAAACUGAAUGAGAAAAUAAAUGGAAAAUUUAAUUUGACACAAAUUAUCGAUGCACCAGUGGAUACAGAAUACGUGUAUAUUGGAAAUGACGGGACAAAGGCAAUUUUCGCAACAAAUGCGAAUGCUCCGAAAAGGAAAAUUAUAGCAAUCGAUUUAUUGAAUUACAAAGAAGCCAAUUGGACAACUUUAGUACCCGAAGAACCCAACAAAAUCAUCAGAAGUGUCAAAAUUGUGGAUAAUGAUAAAUUCAUUAUUCAAUAUGUUUGUGAUAGAACUUACGUACUUUGUGAUAACAUUUUACAAUUGCACAGUUUGAAAAGUGGAAAACUAAUAAAAAAACUUGAUGUCGGAAUUGGAACAAUUUCUGGAAGGAUCCGUGGAAAUAGAAAACAUUCUGAAUGCACCUUUGUUUUCUCGUCAUUCUUAAUUCCGAAAAUAGGCUACAAAAUAAAUGUAAAAACAUUUGAUAAACUGGAAAUUUACAGUGAAUGGAAGUUAAAAAAUUUCGAUUCAAGUCUCUAUGAAGUAUUUCGUGUCUUCUAUCCCAGUAAGGAUGGUACAAAAAUUCCAAUGACAAUCGUAAUGAGAAAGGGUGCGAAACUUGAUGGUUCAAUGCCAGCACUUCUUUCCGUAAAAGGAGGCUUGGGCAUCUUAAACUCACCAAUCUUUCGAGACGAAAAUGUAAUUUUUACUCAGAAUUUUAAUGGAAUUUUGGCACAAGCACAUAUUCGGGGAAGUGAUGGACCGAGUGAUGAAUGGCGCAAGGAUGGAAUUUUACAGAAUAGACAUAAUUCAAUCGAUGAUUUUCAAUCAGCAGCUGAAUAUCUCAUUAAAAAUGGAUACACUUCGAGAGGAAAGUUGACAAUCAGAGGAGAUGCUGCUGGGGGUUCAAUAGUUGGUGCUUGCAUUAAUCAAAGGCCGGAUUCAUUUGGUGCUGCUGUUAUUGUCAGUGGACUCUAUGACAUUUUACGUUUUGAUAAAUUCGCAUCUAAUGAUUAUUCUAUAUGGGGAUUUGGUAAUUCUGACGAUCGAAAAGAUUUUGAGAAUCUAAUUAAAUUUUCACCGCUUCAUAAUGUCAAAGUACCGACAAAUAAUGAACAGUAUCCGGCAACAUUAAUUUUAGCAAACAUUUAUGAUGGACCUCUAAAGCCAUUAUCGCAUUCGUUGAAAUUUAUUGCAACUUUACAAAAUAAAGUCGGAAAAUUGAAGCAACAAAAGAAUCCAUUAAUGCUUCGCAUUGAUUCCAAGUAUGAUGUUAAGGAAGGGAUCCUUGAAACAGCAAGUGCUUUAUUAACAUUUAUUGUUAAAUCAUUAAAUUUAGAAAUUAACUUUUAAAAUCGUAGAAUUAGAAAAAGACGCAGUGUUUUCUUGAAAAUGUUUUAUGAAAUAUAAUUUUAAAAUUACAGAUUAAAAAUUCUAAAAAUUG